AUGACCAUAGCCUUGAAGGCUAGGGACAAAUAUGAAUUUGUCACUGGUGAAGAACAGGAACCUGCAGCUAGAUCUCCAUUGAGAAAGAGAUGGCAGAGGAUCGAUAAUCUGGUAACAUCUUGGAUCUUGAACUCUAUUUCUAAAGAUCUAGUUGAGGCAUUUUUGUAUUAUCCAAGUUCCAAGGAUCUUUGGAAUGAACUGACCACCAGGUAUGGUGAAUCUAAUGGACCUAUGAUUUACCAAAUAAGGAAAGAUAUUUCAGUAACUAUCCAAGGUAACCAAACAGUAGCCAAUUACUACACUAAAUUGAAAAAACUUUGGGAUGAGUUGGCUUGUUUAAGGCCCAUUCCCAAAUGCACCUGUGGAAUUGCAGAAAGGUGUACCUGUGAUGUUGUGAGAGCAGCCUCAGAUCUGGAUGGAGAGGAGAAACUUAUGCAGUUCCUCUUAGGACUGAAUGAUACAUAUGACAAUGUUAAAAAUCAAAUUCUGCUUAUGGAUCCAUUUCCAAGCAUGAGCAAGGCCUAUUCAAUGGUACUAAGUGUUGAAAAACAAAGUGAGGUGAAUACUGCAAUCUAUGACUCAAGUGAGAAUAGCAGUGCAAUGUAUGUGCAAAAAUCAAACUACAACAGCAGAAAUACAAGUAAUAGAUCCAGAUCUAAAGCUGACAAGCACUGUGAUCACUACAAUGGGACUGGCCGCACUAAAGAGACUUGUUGUAAACUAACUGGUUAUCCAGACUGA